UGGGCUCCCCAGCGCAGCCCCUUCAGUGCCGCCCUGUGCCGGUAGGGAGCCCGGAGGAAGCAGGCAAACCAGCGGUGCCGCCAUGCACCCAAAAGCAGGGUCCCUGGCGGGACGGGCUCCCAGCGGGACGGGUGCGAGCACACCUUCCCCUUUAAGACGCUGGUUCUCUGUGCCAGAGCCUGACCUCGGCAUCCUCAGCUGAGCUGGAUUAACAGGCGAGGGGGAAGGGGCCUGCAGAAGGGACUGGGGCCGCAGGUCUCCCGGGGCUCCCCGCAUUCACGGUGCUGCAGGCAUGGCCCUCGGGGCUCCUGGGGGUCCAGUGCUGGGGUGGCACGUGUAGGCACAGCUGGCGCUGCCACCACCUCUGCCCCGGUGCCUGGAGCGGGGGUCCCCACGCCACCCUGGCACCAAUGGGGGCAGCUGGGGAGGGGCAGGUGGUGGGGCAGGCAGCUGUGCUGGGGGGCAGAGCACGCUGGGGAGGCUUUUAGCCAGGCUGCGCUGGGAAUCGCCCGCUGCCAUGAAAGACUUCACCGAAAUCACACUUUGCCCCGAGGCUCUGGACCACAGCAAGACUGAGUUCUGCAACCCUGUCUUCGAGGGCGAGGAGCCCCGGGCAGCGCCAAGCACCGAGCACCCACCAGACGAGGACGGGACCAGCUCCGCAUCGCCCCAGGACGGCCUCGGCCGGCAGCUCUGGGGCCAGGCAGGCUGGCGGUACCGCACCGACUGCAAGUUCACCUGGCUCUGCGUGGCUCUGAUGAGUGCCAUCCUUCUCUUCCUCAUCGCCCUCCUGCUGGGCAUCGUCAUCCACCAGCUGACAUCCCCGCAGCCACCCGGCACUCCAGCCGCAGCCCUGCCCGCCCGUGGCGCUGCCGCCACUGCUGCAGCACCCAUCCGAAGGGACCCCCCGGCCCCCAAGACAGCUGCCACCCCAACCCAGAGCUGGCUGCCUACAGCCGGCACGGCAGCACCGGCCUGCGGCGGGACCUUGCGGGGCCCCGAGGGCUCCUUCAGCUCUCCCAACUACCCCGGCCCCUACCCACCCGACGCACUCUGCAUCUGGCGCAUCGAGGUGGGCCCUGGCCUCGCCAUCCAGCUGAAGAUGGAGACGUUCAGCGUGGAGGGCACUGCCUCCUGCCUGUUUGACCGUGUGGAGCUCUACGAAGAGCAGGGGGCCGGUGGCACAGAUCCUGCCCCAGCUCGGGGGGGCCCAUCCAGGUUUUGCGGCAAUGUGGCCCCCCCGACCUUCAACACCAACUCCAACCACCUGCGCGUCACCUUCGUCUCCGACAGCAGCGUGGGCGCCCCAGGCUUCAGCGCCCACUACCGUGCUGUGGCUCCCAGUGAGAAGAGCUGUGCCUGGGAUGAGCACUUUUGUGACCAGGGGCUCUGCCUCCACCUGGGCUUCAUCUGCGACGGCUUCCACGACUGCAUGGACAAGAGCGAUGAGGCCAACUGCAGCCUGAAACACAAAGAGUGCGGGGGGCCACUGACCACCUUGGAGGGGCACUUCUCCACCCCGAGCCAUCCCCAGCCAUACCCACACCAGCAGCUGUGCCUCUGGCAAAUCUCAGUGCCCGUGGGCCACGUCAUCGACCUACACUUCCACAACUUCAGCCUGGAGUCACACGAGGACUGCAGCUUUGACUUCGUGGAGGUGCACGACAGCGCAGGCACGGGGGCUGCCAGCCUCAUGGGCAGGUUCUGCGGCCACCAGCUGCCACCCACCCUGACCUCCUCACGCCAUGUCAUGACUGUCCUCUUCGUGGCAGACGAGGGAGUAGCAGACAACGGGUUCUUCGCCACCUACCAAGCCCACAAUGCCACAGAGAAGACCUGUAGCCCCGCGGAGUUCUCCUGUGGAAAUGGUGAGUGCCAGGCACUGGAGUCUGUGUGUGAUGGCUGGCAUGACUGCCCUGAUGGCACCGAUGAGCUGAACUGCACUGGUGUCUCCUACCCGGCCUUUGGGUCUGUCUGUGAGCCUGUGGAAGUGGAGAUGUGCCUGGGGCUAGGCUACAAUGCCACCUCCUUCCCCAACAUCUGGCUGGCCAUCCCGGACCAGGAGGGAGCCGCCGAGGUGCUGCAGGACUACCAGACACUGAUGGAGCUCGCCUGCUACCAGCACCUCCGCCUCCUCAUCUGCAGCCUCUUCGUGCCCAAGUGCACCCCAGAUGGGGGUGUCCUGCAGCCCUGCCGAGCCGUGUGCCUGGCUGCCGAGCUGCGGUGCCAGCAGUCCCUUGGCCUCCUCGGCAUCCUCUGGCCCAUCAACUGCAACAUCCUGCCCGACUCCAACGACCCCGUAGAGUGCUUCCAGCCCUGACCCGGCAAGAGAAUAGGAGCAGGGGCUGAAGCAGCCUGCCCAGAGCUGCUCCUCCACCCCAGAUGUCCAUCCCAUCCUCCUCCUGUUGCAAAUACCCAGCUGCUGGGGUGGCCCCCAUCAGCAGCACCCCAUUGCCUGGCUCCUCGCCUGCCCCUCUGCUCAGCGCUCAGCUCAGUGCCCAGAUGCCAGGGGCUCGCCUGCAGGACCAAGUCCUUAGAGAGCAGGUGCCCCUUCCCAGCCUUGCUACAGGGAAAGGCUUGCGCUGGAGAGGCUGUGCCCACAGGUUGGAGCUGUGCUGGGGAUACCACGCAAAGUCCCCCCGCCAAGCAGCAGGACAGUGGCAAAAGGGUUGAGCGCUGCCUCCCCAUCCUUAGCCAACCCCGGGCGUGCUGGCCAGAGCUGUGCAUGGUUCCCAGCCCACUUCUCUCUUUCAGCCUCUCCAGGCUGCGCAUGGCCUCUUUCUCACAGCCCUCAGGCAGUUGCUAGCCUAGCAGGGGAAGGGUUAAUGCUCCCCAAAUGGAGCAAGGCUGGGCGAAGGUGAGUCAGGCUGCAGGCAGAAGAGCCCAGGGCUGCCCAUGUCCCGCAGCCCUGAAGCCAGCAGAAUAAACAGCGUGAGCAGCUGA